UUCUCGUUGCCUAUAUAAAUGAUUCCAACUGAUUGCUCAAUUCACAACACAGCUUGAGUUGCCUAAAUUCACUAACAGAGCUAGAGUUUCCUAAUACUCGAUAUUAAGCAAUGGCCUACCACUUGUCUUUGGAGUUCCUUUUUGGUGUUUUAGCUAACAUCAUCUCUUCCAUGGUCUGCCUUGCUCCUUUGCCAACUUUUUAUCAAAUCUGCAAGAAGAAGACCAGUGAAGGAUUCCAGUCCGUUCCUUAUGUGAUCGCACUCUUUAGUGCUAUGCUAUGGUUAUUCUAUGCAACUUUUGAUGACAAUGCCACCCUUCUCAUCACCAUCAACUCCUUCACAUUCUUCAUGGAAGUUGGCUAUCUUUCUGUGUACCUUUUCUAUGGCACAAGGAAAGAUAGAAUGCUCACUACGAAACUCGUCCUCUUCUUCAAUGUUUUCGGGUUCGGGAUGAUUGCUAUCCUAACUCUGUUCUUAACACACGGCCGAAAACGUGUUGAUGUUCUUGGAUGGAUUUGUAUGAUAUUUGCUCUAUGUGUAUUUGUUGCACCUCUUGGUAUCAUGAGAAAAGUUAUCAAGACUAAGAGCGUCGAGUUCAUGCCUUUCUCUCUAUCAUUCUUCCUCACCUUGAGUGCAGUCAUGUGGUUCUUCUAUGGUUUUCUGAAGAAAGACAUUUAUGUUUAUAUUCCAAAUGUACUCGGCUUUUUCUUUGGUAUUGUCCAGAUGAUUCUUUAUUUGAUCUAUAGAAAUUCAAAAAAACCCGUAGAGGAACCAAAAUCUCAGGAAUUUUCUGAGCAUAUAGUUGACGUUGCCAAGUUGAGUGCAGUUAUUUGCUCUGAGCUGAAAACAAUGGUGGUUGCAAAGUUGAAUGACAAUGGAAAUGAAGUUGUUAAAGAAGAGACCAAGAAUACGAAGCAAGAAAUGGAAGCAUCCAAUAAAGUUUAACAAUUAAUUAAAUGAACGUGUUUUCUUUUGUUUUUUCAAUUUGCAUGUAACUCUGGAAGUUGGUAUUGUCAUGUCUGUGGUGUCUGGCUAUGCCAUGUCAAAAAUCUCCCUAGAAUUGAUAUUUAUUAUGUGUAUUAAGUAAUAUAUAAUAAUAACAUAUGUUUGUUCAAGAGAAUAAAAUUCCUUUAGUCAA